AUGAGGCAGGACAACUUCAGUGAGAGACAACGUGCGCCGCCACCCCGACAUCUACCACCUCCUCGGCCAGCUCAGCAGGAGCUUUGGCGAGAUCUCCGUGACCGAGAGGGAGUUACGCGAGACCUGGGACAAGCUACACCUGCAGUGCACGCCUUCGCCCGCGAUUUCGCCGCCGCCAAGGCAAAGCCCGACGGCACCGCCCGCAUGCGCAACGCCCAGGCCGCCCUCGACCUCGCGGCCCCCGUCGACCUCCUCCUCGUGCUUGGCCCGGCCGUGUGCUCCUCCACCGGCAGCCUCAAGGCCAUCUCCAGCCUGCGCAACGCAAAGGGCCACGAGCCCGUCGACGCCGACACCAUCACCGCCGCCAUCCGCACCAAGAUGCUGGCCCGCCACAUGCUGCUCCCAGCCCCCGACCAUGUCGCCCCGGUCCCGAAAGUGGCCGACGUCACCGAGGCCGUCAAGCAUAAGUGCAACCAGCCUUCGCUUCAACAAGCCGUGUUCUACACCUCUCAACAUAAGAAAGAAAUACUAGCAACAACCUUCAAGAAUAUGGAGCAGCAUGACCUCGAGGACGAGGCCUCCCGCGCCAACAUCAGCAGCAGCGGCAGAAGCAGCAGAAGCAGCAGAAGCAGAAGCAACAAGCGCCGCCGCACCAGCCGCCUCUCGUCCGACGAAGUCGACGAGCUGGGUCGCCACGCCCUGGACGACGCCAUGGAGGACGAGGCCCCAAGCUUCCUCGCCUCCAUCACGGAGCAUUACCAGGGCGACAUCGAUGACGCCGACGGCCGACGCCACCCAAACCGACUCCCCUCCGUCCCUCUGCCGCCCUCUCCCCCGUCCUCGAAAGCUGCUCUCGAGACUGCCGAGAAUGCCGCCAAGACGGCAUUGACGGUUGCUGCUGGCGAUUACACCGUCAAGAGCAUAGCGGAGACUAGCCAGUGGCGCCAGUCUCGGGCCGGGCGCGGGGGCGAGGAGGAGGAAGAGGAGGAUGAGUAG